AAACCUUUUUUGGAUGAGAAAUGUUAACAGAAAUGAACUGAUGGCGUCACAAAAAUGUCAUCAAUUUAGUCAGAAGAUCGGAUUUUUAUUCUAAUCAGAUUAGAAUAAAUCCCUGAGUAAAAUGGAUAUGAUUUUUUGAUUUAAUGGUGCAAAAUAAUCCUAAUUCAGUUGAAAAAAAAAAGAUAGAAAACUUCCAAAAAAUAUGCUUUAACCCAGUGUUAUAAUGAAUCUGAAGAACCAUGAAAAUGUUUCACUUUGACCCAUCAGACGCUCCAGAACCAAACCCAGAAUUCACUCCUGCAGACAGAUAAUCUCAGGUCUCUUAUCAUUAUCUGGGUUUUCAUUCUGCCUCUUCAUGUUUCCAGAUUCUUCCUGCUGCUCACUGAGUCCAGAUUCAAGCAGAUUCAGAUGAGCUAAAUAUUAAGUAUUAUUAAAUAUUAAAACAUAAAUAUCAGAACGUUUCCUGUAAAAUGUAAAUUUGUAACUUAAAAUGGAAAAGCUCAGCAGAAAGUCUGGUGAAAAACUUCAGGAAAAUAAAAUGACAUGAUAAACUGUGAUAAACUUCAGAAAAAUCAAACUUCCUGUGAAACCUUGAGGAAUCAUCCAGCUGCUCUCGGUUCCUCUGCAGAAGUUUUUCUAAGUUUCUAUUAAACUUUUUAUCCUCAGAGAAUCUCCUCCAUUAGAGCUGCUGUCAAUAUUUACUGCUUUAAUAAUUAAUGCUGCUAAAUGAGCCGCCGGGGGAGGAAAGAGCGCUCAUCAUCAUCAUCAUCAUCACACCCAGAGGAUUACAUCACUCAACAAACUGUCUCUAUGGCAACCACUCAGUUACUUCUGAUGACUUUAAUGUGAGACUCUUCAAGAUUAAAAACAACUUUUAUUAAUCUGCAGUAACUGAUGGAUGUGAGGCAGGGACUGGUCGGAACCAGAACCGUUACUCAGAACCAGUACCUUUAACUGGGUCGGAACCAGAACCCCUGAUAUAAAACACAAACACAUGAAGACCAGCCGAGGUUCUGGUCCACCGCGUCAGAACCAGAACCACUUUAAUGCUUCCUGGAUAAAAUGUUCAGCAUUAGGGAGAAUCCAGAACCUGAACAGAACGGUCUGAUUCUGGUCUGGAUGAUCAGAACAAGACGGUUCUAAAGGUUCUAGCAGUGAACCAGAAUCUCCUCAGCCCGUCAUGGAUCAGCAGAGAUGAAGGAUGAACCGUUUUAGAUGGAGAAACGUUCUGCUGGAACUCUGGUAGCUAAAGACACAAUAAAAUGAUAGACGCCUCCUGGAUCGCUCUGGUCUACUGUUGCUGAGAGACAUACGGCAGCCAUCUUGGAGCGGUUGACUGCUCCAAGAUGGUCGCCGUAUUUCCUGCACCUAGCAGCCAACACAAGGUCUACUCAUUUAUUAUGUCUAUGGCUAAAUGUAGCUGAACUAACAUCAAGCUAGCAGACAGACAGAAGCAAUCGAGCUGAUCAGAUCAGAUCCAAUGGAAGAAAAACGACUCAUCAAGAACAAAAUGUGAAGAUUCUGGUUCUGUUCAUUAAAACUCUGAAACCAGAGACACAUCACUGAUCCUGCCAGCCUUCUUCCUCCACCUUUAUCAUCAUCAUCAUCAUCAUCAUCAUCAUCAUCAUCAUCAUCAUCAUCAUCAUCAUCAUCAUCAUUGUCAUCUGUCACUCAGCCUUCACCAAGAAGUCAAAGGUCAGGAUACUAUCAGUUGACUAUAGUACAAUGUUAACCCAAUAAAUCAGUCCCAAACAUUCUGAUUAUCUUCAGUCUGAACUCAGUGACUGUUACCAUGGAAGUGCCACAGGGCUGUGUGUUCAGUCCACUUCUCUAUGUCACUCUGUGGCCCAGCAGCUUCAGGAUCUGCUGUCCUGCAGGGGUGAGAUGAACACCUGAUCCAACACAGAUCUGGAGGGUUGUAGAUCUCUGAUCUACAUCCUGUGGAUCCACUAAGCUGGAGCUGGAUGGGUUCACCGCCAAUGUUCACUGAUGAUGUCCAACUGCCUGGUGAUGAGUCCAUAACAAACUCUCCCUGAACUUUAAACCCUGAAGAGCUGUAAUCUGACAGAGGUGAAGGACACUCUCCAAAGAUCCUCCUCCAGGAUGAAGCAUCAAAGAUCCAGGAGCAGGAAAAGCUCUGGAGAUGAAAUGCAGAGAAACCCAGAGUCCAUGAGAAAGACCAGCAGGAGCCGUCAUGGGAGGACAGAUUCAGGAAGUGGAUGGUGUUGACGAGUCCUACCAAUGGACUGAAGGCUGGCACAAAGGAAGAGGUCAGGAACAGGAUCUCAGACCAGUGGAGGUCAGGGUCCACCACACCGGAACAGAACCAAGAUGGAGGCUGUGCAAAGACUGAAACCGGCCAACAGGUAGCAGCUGUUUGGAGCUGGUUGGUAAAGCAAACAUGAAGCACCAUAGCCUGGAGGUGGGAACAGUCUAAUGUCUGAUCAGAUUCAUUAACUCUGGGACUGAAGAGUCUGACAUGCUGCUGACUUUCCAGUUCCAGACCAAUAAACAUGAUGACCAACCAACUGGAUGGACAAAACAGAAAAGAUCUUCAGGGAUCUGGAAAAAAACCAUCAACCUUUAGAGGACAAACCAAUGAAAACCUCAGGGACCAUCGUGAGGAAGAGGACAGCUGCGGUCCUUUGUUUUUAUUCAUUCAGUUAAUUGUGUUGAAUCAGCAGGUCUGACCUACAUGAGCAUCAUCAUGAAAACAUUUCCUGUUAUAGUGAAACUUUGCAUGCAAACUUUUGUUUGUCAACAGAACACAGUACUGAAUCAGUAAUGAAGUGUUGAUGACGUUCUGCUGCUCAGUGGUCAUGUGAUGUUUACAGCCCUCAGCUGGUGGCAGCAGAGAGAGGAUGAGAUAAAAGCUGAUGACAGGAAGUGGAUCUGCCAGUGUGGCUGGUCUGAUGCUGGGGGGUUGUAGUGGCAGUGACCUCUGUGACCUCUGUGGCCCUGCUGGGUCUGUCAUGAUGCUGUGAUGCUGAGCAGGAGGAGUGCGCUGAACGUGACGGUGACAGGGCCUCACCAGGGGGUCCUGGGCCUGGUGCUGUUCACCAUCGUCACCACGCUGCCAUGCUGCGUGUUCCUCUUCAUCAACCUCACCAUGCUGUACACGCUGCGCAGCCGGCCGCUGUUCAGAGAGGCGUCCCGCUACGUGCUGCUGUUCAACCUGCUGCUGGUGGACACCGUGCAGCUGUUCCAGAGCCAGUCAAUGUUGCUGCUGUCCGCGGUCAGCUUCACGAUGCUGUACCCUGUGUGCGCCGCGCUCAUUGCCUUCAGCAGCCUGGCCCAAUGCGUGUCCGUGGUCACGCUGGUCAGCAUGUGCCUGGAGCGGUACGUGGCGGUGUGCUACCCCCUCAGGCACAGCGCCAUCGUUACCCUGAGGAACACCGGCGCCGCCAUCAGCGUAAUCUGGGCCGUCAGCUCCUCACACGUGAUCGUCCAGCUCAGCCUGAUGUUGUCCCGCUUCUCGGUAGCUGACCUGGGGGUCAUGCAGAUGGUGUACUACUGCGGGAAGGAGAGCGCCUUCAUCGAUCCCGUGUCUGACCAAUACGACAGAGCCUUCACCUACUUCCUGUUCCUGCUGGGGGCGGCCACUGUCUCCUUCAGUCAGCAGCUUCAGUAA